AUUCUAUUUCUCUGUUAUUUGCCAUGUGGGUUUGAGUUUGACCUUAAAAGAGUGAAACUCUUAAUUCUUCCUCUCUCUCACGCCACACCCCACACCCCACCUUCCUAUAUAUACCUUAAAGCAUCUUUGUCUUGCUCCUCACAUUUCCAUCAUUCUACAACUUCGCACUUGUUUCAUCAAAAUGCCAGACCAAGAUAUUUGCAGUUACCUUAAAGAACCUCGUCUUGUAGCAAGGAAGUUUUUGGCCAGGCCUCAACGUGAAGGUGUUGGAGCUGUUGUUAGAAGAAGCAUAGGACGAUUUGAGCUCAAGUACUUUGAUCCUUUCCUUGUCUUGGAUGAAUUCUCAGUCUCUGCUCCUGCUGGGUUUCCUGAUCAUCCACAUAGAGGCUUUGAGACAGUCACGUAUAUGUUACAGGGAGCUUUAAUGCAUGAAGAUUUUGAAGGACAUAAGGGAACAAUAGAAGCUGGUGACUUGCAAUGGAUGACUGCAGGGAGAGGGAUAGUUCAUUCAGAAAUGCCUGCAUCUCAAGGAACCCAAAAGGGUUUGCAACUGUGGAUCAACGUUGCUUCCCAACAUAAAAUGAUUGAACCAAGGUAUCAAGAAAUGUUGAGCAAGGACAUAGCUGAAACUAUGAAAGAUGGUGUGAAGGUUAGAGUAGUAGCAGGUGAAGCUCUUGGAAUAAAGUCUCCAAUCUACACAAGGACACCAACCAUGUACUUGGACUUUUCCCUUAAACCAGGGGCACACUUGCAACAACUUAUACCAAAAUCUUGGAAUGCUUUUGUGUACAUAUUGGAAGGAGAGGGUGUCUUUGGAAACCAAAAAUCUCAGCCUACAAAUUCUCAUCAUAUUCUUCUUCUAGGUCUUGGGGAUGGCCUAGAAGCAUGGAACAAAUCUUCUAAGCAACUUAGGUUCAUUUUGGUUGGAGGUGAACCAUUGGGAGAACCUGUGGUGCAAUUUGGACCCUUUGUGAUGAAUACUCAAGAAGAGAUUGAUCAAACCAUUGAUGAUUUUGAGAACUAUACCAACGGAUUUGAGAAAGCAAGACACUGGAGAUCUGAAAGUGCACUUAGUCUUGAUUUUUGAUUUUAUUUAAUGUCACAUUUGUUGGUUGGUUUGGAUAGAAGGCAGGGAAAAUAAGUUGGAAUAUAAAUUAGAAUCUAUGAUUAGAAGAAGAAUUUCUAUCCUUUUCACCUUUCUAAUAUGUCGAUAUAAUUUGUAAUCGUAAUUUGAAGUCCACUAGCAGUAAGUUAAAAGCAGAGAAAAAAAGUUCUCAUUCAUUGAACCUUUUUAGUCUUAGAACAAUAUCUAUAUUGUGAAUACUCUUUAUCAGUAGAGUUGCUGGGAUAUUUU